AUGCCGUUCGCGUCUUCCAAGAAACGCAAGUCUUCCUUUGUCGCCAACGACGAUAGUGACGUCGAGGCCGAUGUACCCACGAAGCGCGGCAAGGGCACGUCGGGCACUUCAUUCAAACCCGCGGGCAAGCGCCAGACCGACUCCGAGGGCAACCCGUACUGGGAGAUUUCGAAAGGGCGACGCGUCACGAUAUCCGAGUUCAAAGGCAAGACGCUCGUGAACGUUCGCGAGUACUAUCAAAAGGAUGGCGAGUGGUUGCCGGGGAAAAAGGGCAUAUCAAUGUCAAUCGAGCAGUACUCGGCACUCAUCGGACUCAUGCCUCAAAUCGAGGGACUUCUGCGAGAGCGUGGGGAAAAGGUUCCUCGGCCAAAGUACGAUGAAAGUGCCCCGACAGACUCUCUCCAGGACGACGAAGAGCCCGAGACCGUAGCAGACAAAAAGGCCAAUAUCGAAGCCACGAGCGACGAAGAAGAAUAG